CUCUGCUCCGCGUAGAGACGCUGCACGAGCAGCGCGGUGGGCUCGCGAUCUGGCUCGACGCUGACAUGCUCGUUGUUGGCUCGCUGCGGCCGAUCGCGCACGCCGUGCUCCGCGCGACAAGGCAGUGGCGCUGGCAGCUCCACGGCAGCCAACUGGCGGCGCCGGGCGCGUAUAACUACCUGAAUGCCGGCUUCAUGGCCUUCCGCGCGCCGGCGCCGGCCGCCCUUCUGCGCGCCGUCGACGCACAGCUCGACAAGAUGGUCGGCGAGGCGCGCUUCCACCCGACGCCGUCGCAGAACCUGCUCAACGACGUGCUGCCGCUCGGCGGGUGGCUCACUGUGCACUACCGCUGGAAGGCCAACUACCGGCCUCAGGCGACGAACGAGUCGCUGGCGCGCUGGCGCGUCGUCCACUGGCAGGGCUUGCCAAAGCCAUGGGGCUCGCCGAUCCAGUUUGACCAGGGCCGAAAGCAGCAGGGCAUGGCGCCGCCAUCGAUGGGGGAGGCGUGGGCCGCGGAACACGCAGAGCUGCGCCGCCAAUGUCCGGCCCAGUAGCCGGUGCUGGCGCCUGAUGAAGCUAGAAGCCUUGAAGUGCAUGGCCUGAUCCGCUCCGAGCAUCCGACAAUCGUUUGACCACUGUGUCAGUUCUGUGGUGUACUUAUGGGGAGUAGUACUUGAGUGUUGGUGCAUAUGUAACGCGGGUCUCGGCCCCAGCACACGCUUGUAUUGUAGCGAUAUACGUAAUCGUAAUGGUCC